AUUUAAAAAAUAAAAAGGUUGUCGAUCCCACUUCAGACUUCUCAACAUCGUCAUGCCGGAACCCGCCACCACGCAGCCGCUUCUAAACUUCAAUGCGCUGCUGGAAAACCCCGUCUUCGCCGGAGGCUUCGGCCUUGCCUCCCUCGGCGCUGUCCUGGCAUUUGCGCGCCGAGGGGUACUCACUACGGCGUCCAUGAUCCGACGUCGCAUGCUCGUGAAUGUCGAAAUUAGCAGACAAGACCCGUCCUACCCUUGGAUCCUUGCUUGGCUAUCACAACCCCGCGAACAAACAUCCCUAAUUGCAAGAAGAUUAACCCGCAUCAAUAAACUAUCCGUUACGACGGCCACGAGCUCUACUCCGAACGGCCCUACGAGGGCGAGCUUUUUUCUUCAGCCUGGAUAUGGCCGCCAUAUCGUGAAAUACAAGCAUGCGUAUAUAUCUGUAAAUAGGGAGAAGCAGGCAACUGCUAAGACCAACACCGGCGAACCCCACGAAACGGUAGAACUUACGACUCUAUAUGCGCACCGUCACAUUUUCGAAGAUGUCUUCGCCGAAGCACGAGCUCUUGCACUCCAAGCGAACGAAGGAAAGACCGUGGUAUACUCUGUAAGAAACUUUGAUUGGGUUCCGCUGGGCGAGCCUCGAAGGAAGCGACCGUUGGGUAGCGUUAUUUUGGAUAAAGGAGUUAAAGAAGAUAUUGUUAAUGAUGCCAAAGAUUUCCUCGCGCGACGACAGUGGUAUGUCAACCGCGGAAUCCCAUACCGUAGAGGUUAUCUUCUAUACGGACCACCAGGUAGCGGGAAGAGUUCUUUCAUCCAGGCUCUAGCUGGUGAGCUAGACUUCAGUGUGGCUAUGGUUAACCUCAGCGAAAUCGGAGUAACGGAUGACAAGCUUGCUUUCCUCCUCACAAAGCUACCCGAGCGAACUAUUCUUCUCUUGGAAGACGCCGACUCUGCAUUCGUCAACCGUAGAAAACGAGAUUCAGAUGGAUAUAGCGGCGGCACAGUCACAUUUUCGGGUUUAUUGAAUGCUCUUGAUGGCUUAUCUGCUGGAGAGGAGCGGAUCGCAUUCCUCACAACGAAUCAUGUCGAAUUGUUAGACCCGGCGCUGAUAAGACCAGGCCGAGUCGACAUGACGGUUCGCAUAGGGGAAGCUACCAAAUAUCAGGCCGCCCAGAUGUGGGACAGGUUCUACGGCGACAUUGAUACCGAAGGCAUCCAUCGAGACAGAUUUCUUCAGCGGCUCGAGGAACUCGAUCUUUUCCGAGAGGCAAAAGAUGGAGAGUCGUUACCACGCACGAGUACUGCUGCUAUCCAAGGUCUCUUCUUAUUUAACAAAAAUGAUAUGGAGGGUGCCAUCAGCAUGGCUCAACACCUCAUUCCGGCGAAGCUGGAAGCAGAAAAGUAAUCUGUUUACGUCUAAACAGCUUGUAGCAUAUAUGUAUAAUAAAAGAGAUACCCUGUCAAUAACAAUUUCAACGAUUAUCAUUAAA